UCUGCAGCACACACACACACACACACACACACACACACACACACACUCUACUGUCUGCUGCCACUGCAUCUCACAGCUCCGACAUGAGACUGACCGAUGGAUUUUAAAGCUGAUUCGAAGCAGAACGUUCUAAGGUGAAGAUGAAGGUCCUCAAAAACAUUCCACUGAUAGUUCUUCUGGUGUAUUUCAGCCUGAGUGAAGGGCUCCAGAGAGCACCCAAAAUCACAACAUUGCUUGAGACAGUGGACGUCUCUCUGGAUCAUAACGCAACUUUCAUCUGUGAGGUUGAUUCAUACCCUCAAGCUGAUAUAACAUGGACGCGGAAUAACUACCCAAUACGGUAUUACGAUUCCAGAUACAUUAUACAAGAAAAUGGCCAAAUGCUGAUCAUUCCCAAUGUAAAGGAUUCAGACAAUGGAGAAUACUGUUGCGUUGCAAGCAAUGGGAUUGGAGAACCGGCCAAGAGCUGUGGAGCUUUACAGCUGAAGAUGAAGCCUCAAAUCAAAAGACAUCCUACUAACAUGACAUUGAUUGUAGAGUCCAAAGCAGUGUUGCCAUGUUUAACAAUAGGAUAUCCAAAACCCGGCAUAUCCUGGAUUAAAGAAGAUGAUUUGAUAAAGGUUAAUAGUCGUAUAUCAGUUUUGGAAUCUGGUUCCCUAAAAAUUAACAACAUCAAGAAAGAGGAUGCUGGACAGUAUCGCUGUGUGGCCAGGAACAGUUUUGGAAUCGUGUACUCCAAACCAGUCACUAUUGAAGUGCAAGCUCCUGCCAAGAUACUGAAAGUUCCCAAGGAGAAGAAAGUUCAGAUUGGAUCAGAGGUUACGCUGGAGUGUAACGCCACUGGCAACCCUAUCCCAUCCAUAACUUGGCUUGAGAACGGCAAUACGAUUUCUGGUGCGUCAGUGGAGGAGACGUUGGUGGAUGAAGUCAUCGUGUCUGUUCUGCGCGUGGUGGUUCAUAAACCAGCUCUCUACACCUGUCAGGCUACUAACCAGCACAGCGGAGGAGCCAACACCGUUAAAGCCACGGCUAAAAUAACUGUCUCAGGUGAGCUAAGGCACCAACGCUAUCUCACGACCAAUUCAUAUGUAUUUUACAAGGUGGCUAAUUCGUACAAAUUCGUAGGACCUCAUUCGUACGAUUUUGUACAAUUUGUCUAGACCCCAGUGACGUGUAGGUUUAGGGGCAGGGUUAGAUGUAGGUCAUUCGUACAAAUUUAUACAAAUUGCACA